AUAGUUUAGCCAGGCAACCAAUCAAUACGUUAUUCCAUAUGAAUAACUGCCUAACGAUUGGUUAAGUUUCUGUUUACGAGGGAAACCGCUGCAAAAAUGUGUCAGUAGGCACUUAUAGCUCUGCUUAUAGUCGUAUACUCGUUAACUCGUAUCUAUACAGAUUCCAUGUGCAGCUAAGCAAUUCUGUCAUUACUCUCUCUCCAAAAGGUGCAAGAUCAAUUUCGUAAAAAAUCUAAAAAUAAUCGCUACGUCUAUAGAUAUAUGUGUAUUAAGUUUCUGUUAACCGAGUCGUGCGAUUCGAUACACGUUUAAUAAGUGCAAGAUUACCUUGUUUGGAAUCUCGAGUGAAAUUAUUUGGUUUAUACCAGUUUGGAACUGAGCUUGUAUACUUACAUAUUCAAGGUUUAACAUUUUAGUCGAUUGCAGAGGAUACAUUUUGUUUUUAAUAAUUGUUACGGAGAUAAAGAUACUUGUUGGAGCGAUGACCAGAUGUUUUAGCACAAAACCUUUAAUUUUAACUUCAGAUUUUAAUAUUCAGAUUUAUAUGAGGCUGUCUAGUCUGGAGAAUAUUCAAUGGAAUUCGUCACUUUAGAACUCAGGCCACGUUUACGCUCGUUGAGUGCAUAUAUUUCUUUAGUAAAGAAUAUUGAUACUUCUACAGUUAAUAUUAAGAUACUUGAAGAUGCUAUAGAAAUACAUAUUGAAGCAAAAGUGUUUAAAUUACCUCUGUCCAAUGUCAAGUUGUUGCCAUCUUCACUAUCAUCUUUAGGGAUAACCAAUCGUUGGAUAUCAUUUCGCAUCCUAACACAACCUAAUUCACUUUAUGGCACAUUUGAAACGGAAAUUAUCAAUACUGAAAAUAGUUUAACUAGCAGUUUUUCAAGUUACUCAAACAAAGUUGAAUUUCCACCAAAGAAUACAGCGUGUAAGUUCUAUUGUAAAUGCUGCAAAAAUGAAAUCACCAAGACUGUUUGUUUUCAAAGAAUUUUACCACUACCAAGCAGUGACUGUGAUCCACAGGAAUGGUUUUGUUGUAAACACAGUGGCGAGGAGUCAUUUUCAUUAGAUCCUAAGGAAACUGAUUUAUUUUACUCAAUUAAUUAUUCUGUUUUGAACAAACGUCUAUUUGUAGAGAAUCUCAAAUUUAAAAAUUCCAUAAUUCACUGUAAUAGAUGUUUAUCUAUUUUGGGUUCAUUUGAUGGUCAUGAAACCAAAAGUCUAAAAAUCUGGAACUGCUGUGUAGAAUACAAAGGGAGUAAUGAUAGUAUUUCCAAGAGAAUAUCUUCUCCAUUAUGUGACUUUUUGACAUCUGUUAAAACGACUGCUGAACUUAUCAUUGGUGAAAAAGUACUUUUGGAAGCUCAAGAUGUGAAUAGCUUACAUUAUAUUUUACUAAGGCCAAUGGAAGCUAAACUAGAUCUUUUUACUGAAGACAAAGAACAUUUUGAUGGACAAAUAUUGAACUUAAAAUCAUCAUCUGUUGUUAAAGUUCUGUACAACUAUGGUGAAAACAAAAAAACAAUAAAAAAUAAUGAUCCUGAUACAAAACAUUGUGAAUUAGCCUUACCUAGUAUCUUAGCUGGAAUGGAUCAACUUGUGUCUUCAUCCACACGAUUUCCCCCUGCUUAUAGAAGAACAGAUGAAUUUUAUAUUGGUUAUCUAACAAUAUAAUAUUUUGUUUUGGUAAUGAAAUGUAAAAUAGUGCCAAGCAAGUAUUUAUAAACAACUCCUAAAACUUUUUAAAAUUGAAAAUUAAAAAAAAAUAACAUUUUAAAUACAACGAGCAAAAUAAUAUAUACAGAAUUUUUUAUUUUAUAUGAUGAUGAUAUACUAUGAUAUACUAUAUUUGCUCUUAAAAUUGUAAAUAACUGUUUAAAAAGAAUAUUAUGGAUGGUUGAGAGAAAAAUAAAUAUUUUAUUAUGUUUUUCAACUAUCUUGAGUAAUUUAUUUUUGCAAAAGAAUCAUAUACAACGCAUGGAUACUGUGUAACAUUUUUCAUUUUAAUAUCUAUACUCUAUUUAUACAGUUUGAUUUCUAAAUAUAAGUCUAACUCUAGGCCAAAAUCAGCAACGUAUAUUAUUAACCUUUUUUUAUGAUAAUUACUAGUGACAUGCAAAUAUUACUUUACAGGAUUAUACCACCACUAUUAACAGAGAAAGCCCUUUAAUGCUUAUUGCAAAUGUACAUAUGAUAGCGCUAAUUUAGCAUAAUUAUUUAUAAUAUUUUGUAUUCUACUUUAAAAUAAUAUACACUUUUGCUUGCAAUAAGCUUUUGCACUGCCUCCUUAAGAGGAAUAACAUAUUU